CCAGGAGACCCGGCGGCAGGAUGAGCUGGUGAACCGGCUGAGCGCGGAGCAGCGGGUCCGGCCACCGUGGGGACAUGGCGUCUCGGCUCUGGAGAAAGCUGCGUGGCAAGAGGCGGUUGGUGAUGGCAUUCUGCCUCUUGGUGACUCUGUCUGUGAUGGCUGUUGCCCACUUCCCUGCACAGCCUCAGGCCGCCAUGGAGCCCCAGGGGGUAACGGGCACCCCUGUCCCCCACAGCCCGCAGGCCCUGAGCUCCCGCCGGAGGCAGCGGACAAGAAACCUGCGUUUUUGGAGAGGCUGGGCCCUGCCCAGGAGCUCCGUCCUGGUGUGUGCUGAGGAGCAAGGCCACAGAGGGAGCAUGGACAGCAGCAGGUCCCCGGGAGGGGACAGCAGGCGUGUGGGGAAGGCCAAGAGGGACACCGCUUUGGCAUCUCCAGGAGAUUUGAGACUCAGUACCCAGGUCAGGGGCCCAGGGGUCAAAGACCUGCGGCCCCCUUGGGAGGACAGUCCCACCCCGGAGGCCCAGAGAGAGACAAGCACCCCGAUCAGCCCUCUCACAGGGCACCAGAGAGCUGCUGCUGGACCGACCCUCUGGCCCCAUCCAGGGGAAGCCAGGGAUCUGCCAGGAGCUGGGAACAGAGCCUUGACUGGCGGGCAGCAAGCAGGGGAUCCCGCCCCGGCCACAGGGACUGGUCGGUGGCCUGGCUCUGUCAGGGAGCUGCAAGGAUCUGUCUGGUGUGCUGCUGAGACCCCUGGUCUAUUGACGAGCUCAAGGACCGGUGGGCAGGUGCCCCCAUGGCUGACAGAACAUGAUGUGCAGACCCUCCAGCUGUUGGCGCAGGGGGAGGUGGUGGGCAAAGCCAGGGUCCCCGGCCACGGGCAGGUGCUGCAGGUUGGCUUCUCCCCCAGGGGUGUCCUUCAGGCCGUGUCUCCUGGGCUCAGCACACUCUGCUCCCAGGGGCUCUGUGGCCUGAUCAAGAGGCCUGGGGACCUGUCUGAGGUCCUGUCCUUCCACGUGGACCGCGUGCUGGGGCUGCGCCGGAGCCUCCCCGCGGUGGCCCGGCGCUUCCAGAGCCCCCUGCUGCCCUACCGCUACACAGACGGUGGCGCGAGGCCCGUCAUCUGGUGGGCACCCGACGUGCAGCACCUGGGCGACCCAGACGACGACCAGAACUCCCUGGCCCUGGGCUGGCUGCAGUACCAGGCCCUGCUGGCACGUGGCUGCGGCGGGCCGAGCCCGCGGUCGUGCCUGGGCAUCGGCUGCGCUGAGUGGGCACGCCUGGCCCUCUUCGACUUCCUGCUCCAGGUCCAUGACCGCCUGGACCGCUACUGCUGCGGCUUUGAGCCUGCGCCCACGGAGCCCUGCGUGGAAGAGAGGCUCCGGCAGAAGUGCGCGAACCCGGGCGAGCUGCGGCUGGUCCACAUCCUGGUCCGGAGCAGCCAUCCGUGUCAUCUGGUCUACAUCGACAACGCCGCCAACCUGCAGCACCCUGAGGACAGGCUGAACUUCCGGCUGCUGCAGGGCAUAGACGGGUUUCCCGAGGCUGCCGUGAAGGUUCUCCAGUCGGGGUGUCUACAGAACAUGCUGCUCAAGUCGCUGCAGAUGGACCCGGUGUUCUGGGAAAGCCAUGGCGGGCAGCAGGGGCUGAAGCAGGUCCUCCAGACCCUGGAGAAGCGAGGACAGGUCCUGCUGCGACACAUCCGGGAACACAACCUGACGGUCUUCCGGGACCAGGACCCCUGAGCCCGCGGCUGGGUGCUCACAGCCAACCCGAGUGGAUGAGUGCCCACGCUGACGGCCACGCGUCCUCGGUCCACCCAUCUUGAAGACAACUGGGAACCCUGGAGCCGGCAGGGCACCGUGGUGCCGUGGGCCGUCACCUGCUUGGGAUGGUGGGAGGUAUGGGUGUUGGGCUUUC